AUGGAAUCGGGCACCUGGAAUUUAAUAUUUCAUCUUAGUGUCGUGUUUGGAAUUUUAACAUUUCUGGCCUGCCUCACAGAAGCUCAGCUUUGUACUCGUUCAGCACGAGUGGAGGCCGGCAAGAAUGUCCAACGAGUGCCUAUGAUUCGACGAAUACCGGCCCAAUGUUCUAACUGGGACAGGUCCUGGGUGUGGCUCACCAAGAUAGACUGUGGCACCAAAUAUGUAACGGAGUUCGUCAAUUUUCCAAGCAGAGAUCCGACCUACAGAACGGAAUAUGUGUGUUGUCCUAAUGAUGCUGAAUGUAAACACGCAGCCGCACGUAACAAUGGUCUAAAUGAAUCAGACGAGCGAUUUCUCGCCAUCACAUUCGGCUCAGCCACAGCAGUCCUCAUCAUCAUCGGCCUGGUGUUUAUCAUCAGCUUCUGUCACAAACGGAGAAACAGUUUCAUCUUCUGGAGUAGGAGUCAAGACGCCUAUGAAGCGACCAAUGGUGUUGAACAGAUUGGACGUAACAUUGACAGCGCUGGGCAGAAUGACUAUGUCAGCGACGACCUUAAGCUUGUCGAAUCAGAAUAUGAGGAAAUCUGCGACGUCAACCAAGACUGGAAAAAGGAAAAACUACCGAUAUUUGACAAAGUUUGUGAUCCUGAUGAAAAUGAUGCCAAGUUAGUAGGGGAGAAUUCUCUCCCACACACAAAUGGGGUUCUCCCUGUUCAUAACGGUGUCAGUAGUGACCAGACUGAAUCUAAGCCAGUUUGUUGUACAGAACCCGUCCAGCCGAUGGACGGUAACCUCAUCAUGGCUGACCGGCUAUUGUCACAAUCCAAUAACAAAGCAGACACACAAGAAAUGGAUCUGCUCCACCUUACAGACUUCAGUGAUAUGAAACCUCAGGAUGAUUCCGAGUCCUCCGAUAUCAUGUCAUCAAAAGUAGUGAAAGACUCCAACAUAGAUAACAACCAUUUUGGUAUCGAUGAUGCUAAUCAAGUAGCUAGUACAUCUACGGUGCAGCCGAGCUGUCCUCCGCCACCUGAGGAGGCAAGUCAGGGUGAACCUUUGGGUCAAAGUCAGUAUAUAAAUGUUGAUGGAGUCAACAAUGACAAUAUAACAGAAAAUUAUACAAACUUAAAUAAAGGCGAAAGUUCACAUUCCUACGAACACCUUGACCCUAAUACACGAGAAGACCCCUCGUCCAACCAAACUUACGAGGCCUUAAUUCCAGUCAUCGCUCCAGACCAACGGCAAGAUCUGACUAGUGACCAAUCCACCACAAGUUAA